UCUUGUUCCGUACAUAAAACCCACGUGCUUGGACUUGGGAGUAUUGUUCUUCUCCUAAACCCUUCACAUUCCCGUAUUCUACCGGCUCCAAUGGCAACUCGCGCCUUUUCAAAAUCGAAGUUCCCAAUUUUAACGUCAAUCCUCCUUCAAAACCUCACGAAAAACAGUACUACGAGGUCCCCGUUUCUUGUAAAACCUGAAAUUCCACCUGUACAACCCGAUAUCCAUAAACCCAUUUCAGGGUUUAAGCUAUAUCAUGAUGGGAGACCGAGAGGUCCCCUUUGGAAAGGCAAAAAGCUGAUAGGGAAAGAAGCCCUUUUUGUAAUAUUGGGUUUAAAGAGAUUUAAGGAUGAUGAAGAUAAAGUUCUGAAAUUUAUCAAAACCCAUGUUUUAAGGCUAUUGAAGAUGGAUUUGAUUGCUGUUCUUUCAGAGCUUGAACGUCAGGAGGAGACUUCUCUGGCUGUAAAGGUUUUUGAGGUGAUUCAAAAGCAAGACUGGUACAAACCUGACGUCUAUUUGUAUAAGGACUUGAUUAUUGCAUUAGCGAAAUGCAGGAAAAUGGAUGAAGCAAUGAAGUUAUGGGAAUCUAUGAGAAAGGAAAAUCUGUUCCCUGAUUCUCAGACAUACACCGAGAUCAUUAGGGGCUUCCUGAGGGAUGGUUCUCCUGCCGAUGCAAUGAACAUAUAUGAGGAUAUGAUAAAAUCUCCGGAUCCACCAGAGGAGUUGCCAUUCAGGAUUUUACUAAAGGGGCUUCUGCCACAUCCUCUUUUGAGGAACAAAGUUAAGAAAGAUUUUGAGGAGCUCUUUCCAGAAAAGCAUGCUUAUGAUCCUCCAGAAGAAAUUUUUGGCAGAUGUUGAGGGCUUCAAAUGAGUGAUCUUGAUCGCAUAGGGUUGAUAGAAACUCGUACGGUGAAGACAGCAAUGCUUUACAAGGAGGAAGAAAAGAAUGAGUUACUCCAUUGAAGAAGAAGAUUUUAUAGUGGAGAUAAUUUCCUGUUCGGAGAUAGCAUGGUCGACAUGUCUGUGUCAUUAAGGAGUUCUCCCAUCUUAAGACUGCGGCGUACCUUAGAACAUGUCUUGGACUCAUUCACGUUAAAGUUUGCCCUUGAUUUAUUGCUAGGUGCACAUGGAAGAUGGAUAACAUUUGCUGGGCUUAUUCUUGAGACCUAACAGUUGCUGUAUAAUGUCCUCUUCAUGUUAUAAUGGUGACAAUGUUUAUAUUUACAUUAUAACUCGUAUUAUAAAUUUGUUUGAUGGUCAUGCUAUGUUAGGUGUUUUCACUAUUUUUUGUGUUAUGUUUGCAUUAUGUUAUCAUGUCGUUAUCCUCUAGCAGGUUGCCUAAACAAUGAUAGCCAAUUGGCCAUAUUGCUGUAAGAUCGAUAAAUAAAUAAUUAAAGAGUUUGCUUUUUAAGGAA